GUUUCCAUCUUCGUCAAAGUGAGCUUGCAGCAUGGCCAUCACGGUGUCCGGUGGGAAGACGUAAUAAUGAGGACUGCGUUGUGUUUUGGUUCCAGUCUGAGAAUUUUCAGGAAAUGCUAACUUACCAGUUAGAUUUGCAAAUAAAGGAGGCUGCGUUCGAGUCCAAGAGAAAGGAGCACGUCAAGGAAGAUGAUUUUCUACUCUGCUGUUGGGUACUAAGUUCCGGAAAAUACUACAAACGAGAACCAACUAUGGUGAAGAGUAAGAGCAGGAAUUUGUUCCCCCGGACAGAUGACGAGGUGGAACUAGAACUUAAAAUGGUCGAGGUUAGAGAGUGUCAUCACAUUGGCGAGAGGAUUAGAAGAGAGAGGUUGUCUUCAAGGAGCUGUGUGGUCCCCUCUACUCUUCAACCCCGAAAAUCUCAGCACGAAGACACAAGCCCCUCUAUGAGCGGAGGGAGACCCGGUGAAGGAGCUGCGAAAAGAAAACUCAGAGAGGAAUCCGAGCCUUGCCUCUCACUCGGCCAGCACUCCUGCUCUCCUGCCUUUCAGUCAACCAAGGCUGCGAGUGCUGCCCGGGUGUGAGUGAGUGUCCUGGCUGGACCUAUUCCCUUAAUCCUUCCAUCCACCCCAUCCCAUCUCCUGUCAUCUCAGGCACCAUGCUGAUUCAGUGGCUGGCCUGGUUGGCCCUGCUGUCCCUGGACUGGGCUCCGGGCAGCUGGGCCUUCACCACCACCAGGGCUCAGAGCCUGAGGGGUCGCAUCCAGAGAGACCGCAGAAACAUCCGGCCCAACAUCAUCCUCAUCAUGACUGAUGACCAGGAUGUUGAGUUGGGUUCUCUACAGGUGAUGAAUAAAACCCGUAAAAUCAUGGAAGACGGGGGAACAAGUUUCACCAACGCCUUUGUCUCCACGCCCAUGUGCUGCCCGUCACGAUCGUCGAUGUUGACGGGAAAGUACGUCCACAACCACAACACCUACACCAACAACGAGAACUGCUCGUCCCCCUCCUGGCAGGCUCAGCACGAGCCGCGCUCGUUCGCUGUCUACCUCAACAACACCGGCUACAGGACAGCCUUCUUCGGCAAGUACCUCAACGAGUACAACGGCAGCUACAUUCCACCUGGGUGGCGCGAAUGGGUCGGAUUGAUCAAAAAUUCCCGCUUCUAUAAUUACACCGUCUGUCGAAAUGGUUACAAGGAGAAACACGGUGCUGAUUAUGCCAAGGACUACUUCACGGAUCUGAUCACCAACGACAGCAUCAACUAUUUCCGUGUGUCCAAGAAGAUGUAUCCUCACCGUCCUGUGAUGAUGGUCAUCAGUCACGCGGCCCCUCAUGGCCCGGAAGACUCGGCACCUCAGUACGCUGAGCACUUCCCGAAUGCUUCUCAGCACAUCACCCCCAGCUACAACUAUGCGCCAAAUAUGGACAAACACUGGAUCAUGCAGUACACCGGCCCCAUGAGACCCAUCCACAUGCAGUUCACCAACUUUCUCCACCGGAAAAGGCUACAGACACUCAUGUCCGUGGAUGACUCAGUGCAGAAGGUGUAUGAUAUGCUGGAGGAAACUGGAGAGCUGGAAAACACUUACAUUAUUUAUACGGCAGACCAUGGCUACCACAUCGGUCAGUUUGGGUUGAUCAAGGGCAAGUCGAUGCCUUAUGAUUUUGACAUCCGCGUGCCGUUCUUCCUAAGAGGACCCAAUGUGGAGGCAGGGGCAGUAAACCCUCAUCUGGUGCUUAACAUCGACCUGGCUCCGACGAUUCUCCACAUCGCCGGGCUGGACACCCCUCCAGACAUGGAUGGGAAGUCCAUUCUGAAGCUGCUGGAACAGGAAAGGACUGGCAAUAGAUUCAAGCCCAACCGGAAACCCAAAGUCUGGAGAGACACAUUCCUGGUGGAACGGGGGAAGAUCCUGAGGAAGAAGGAAGACUCUGUAAACACUCAGCACACCAACAGCCUGCCCAAGUACAAGAAGGUCAAAGAGACGUGCCAGCAGGCCGAGUUCCAGACCCCUUGUGAACAGCCAGGACAGAAAUGGCACUGCGUGGAGGAGAUUACAGGGAAGUGGAGGAUCCAGAAGUGCAAAGGUGGUUCGAAAGAGGGCUCCAGGAAAAGGUCCCGCAGCCUGAAGCCUAGGAGCAGUUAUGACAACAGAGAGAGGGGCUGCGAUUGUGGGGACGCUCUCUUCAAACCCUCCAGAGCGGAACGCCGCUCGCACCGGCAGUUCUCUUCCUCAUCUGGCCAGCGAUUUCGGCCUCGUUUUGUCCACACCCGGCCCACCAGGUCUCUGUCGGUUGAGUUUGAAGGUCAGAUAUACGACAUUGACCUCCAAGCAGAUGAUCAGUCUUCCGUUCGCCGCCGUGUCAUCUCGAAGCGCCAUUACAACCAAGAGGGGCAGGAGUUUGACUUGGGGUCGGACGACGGCUCAGAGGAAAUGCUCGCCGAUGACACGAAUGCUGUGGGAUACCCAAACUCGGUGAAAGUUACCCACAAGUGUUAUAUUUUGAUGAAUGACAGUGUCCAUUGUGAAAGAGAAAUCUACCAGUCCCCCAGAGCCUGGAAAGACCACAAGAGCUAUGUGGACCAUGAGAUCGAAGCACUUCAAGACAAAAUCAAAAACCUCCGGGAAGUCAGAGGACACUUGAAGAGGACACGGCCCGAUGAGUGCGACUGUGGAAAGAAGAGCUAUUAUAUCAAAGGAGACAGAAACAAGGCAGAGAGAGUGAAGAGCAGGAAUGAUCAGCUCCAUCCGUUUAAGGAGGCUGCGCAGGAAAUAGACGGGAAGGUCCAGUUGUACAACGAGAUCCGCAGGCGGAAGAAGGAGAGGAAGGAGAAGAAGCGGCAGAGGAAGGGAGACGACUGCAGCAUGCCCGGCCUCACCUGCUUCACGCACAACAAUGACCACUGGCAGACUGCUCCUUUCUGGUCAUUGGGGGGAUUCUGUGCCUGCACCAGCUCCAACAACAACACCUACUGGUGCCUGAGAACCAUCAACGAGACCCACAACACGCUGUUCUGCGAGUUUUCCACUGGCUUCCUGGAGUACUUUGACCUCAACAGUGACCCCUACCAGCUGACCAACGCAGUGUACGCAGUGGAUCGGGACGUACUGAACGCGCUCCACGCUCAGCUCAUGGAGAUGAGGAGUUGUCAAGGUUACAAGCAGUGUAACCCUCGACCUAAAGGCCUGGACGCAGCACACAGCCAAUAUGGGACGGACGACAGGGUUAAACUGCCCAACUUGACAGACGAGGAGGUGAACUGGCAGGGACUGGAGGAUCUGUAUAGCGUAAACGAAAGCCUUUAUGAAUGUAGGCCCGACUACAGCCCCAGCCCAGACGACUGGGCCAACUUUCAGAAGGAUGUAGAUAAUAUGUUUGCACUGCGACACGUUUUUAACAAAUUCAACCGAACCCUUAAGCUUGACGACUCCACCCUGCCAGAGCUUGGCUCCGGGGCCGGGGGUGGAGGCUUGGAAGAGGGCAGCGGAGGAGAGUCGGUCUCGGCCAGCGAUGUCUGGCCGGGCCCGGGCGCGGAGGCUUGCCUCACCACCCCCGCCCCCAGCAAAACGCCAUCCGCACCACCCGCACCCAGGCCCGUACUGGAAUGGAAACUGGAAUCUGCCAUGAACGACCUCCCUGAGAGAGUUAUAGACAGACCUGUCAAAUCAGAGUCGACAGCGGCGGUGUCGUUGUCGGGUCCGAGGAGAGACCUGGUCGUCUCCCAGAGCGACGCGUGGGCGCAGCAGCUGGAGGAGAUGGAAGGAGAGACAUCCAGCGGGAACGGGCUGACCGAGCUGGAGUCGCGGCACGACAACCAGCUGGAGCCGGGCCUGGGCCACGUGGAGGUGACCGGCCCCCGGGGCCUGGGCCUGGGCCUGGACCCCGAAGAAGAGGAGGACAUUUUCCAGGCACAGGGCUACAUCCCUCUCUCCCCACAGACACUGAAGCCCAGGGUGCAGGCCAGCACCACCGGGAGCCCCCCCACCACACAGACUAGUGCCCCACAGAGUGUCAGGGUGGUACUACAGGCGCUGCCCCACAGCUCGGACUACGAGGGCAGCGGCUCGCUGCCUCCCCCCUCCAAACAGACCCUCUGAGGGCUGAUGCGAGCGCUGCCGGUCGCCACAGAGACACAGUGAAUGGGAGCGACGCCACCUCAGUCAGUCAGAUUUGUAUAAUGAGUAUUAAAGUUAUUGUUUAUUUUUUUACAGGUGCCUACAUUUGAGUUAACAGUGUUAUGUUUUCUGUUUUUGUUUUUUCUCCCCCUCAAAUAUAUAUUUAGAAAAGAAAAAAGGCCUUAAUGCAGCUAAACAAAUGUAAGUGUUGGGAGUGAAAAUGGAUGACUUCCAUACAGAUAACACCAUUAAUGGUUUUGAUAAGUUUUUCUAUAAAAAAAACAAGGGUGAGUGGUGAAUCUAUAUUUCUACAUCUGAAUGGAGACUAUUAAUCAUAAAGCUGCUCCGUCAGAACAAUAACCACUCACCAACUCCAUCAUGGUAAAACUGACCCCAAAUGCACUUUUUUACAUUUACACAUCAUGAACCCCCUCACUCUUCACUGCUUCUGUCCGUUUGUUUUUUUCGAUCAUUUCGACAGACUGCUUUCAAAACAAGAACCAAGUUACAGAAUCAACUAAACACCUGUUUUACUAUUAUUUCAUUAUUUUAAACUUUUCCAUGUAGGAAUAUUUUUUUUAAUCUUUUUCUCAACAUGGCAACAACGGGAUCACAGACUUUAGACAAUCACGCAACAGUCUUCCACUCAGCUAAGUCGACACUCGUAACCGACAGUUUGACGUCAUCUGAAUCAUAAAAAAAUACCCAGAAUGUGCAUUUAUUAUUCUUGCCUGGGCACAAUUUCCUGUUUAGUUGCAGAAGCUCUGACUUUGCAGAGAUGCAAGUUUUUUUUUUUUUGUCACCAUUUUAUGUUUUAACAACAUUAAAUGAUCCUUACACAAUCGCCAGAGGAUAGAAAAUAUUUUCUUUUUUAAAUAUCACGUCAUCUUGUGCUCUAUGACGUAGUGCUUUGAUAAUCCAGAGUGUAGUGUUGCACAUGGCCAAUUCAUUUUGAAUGUAACGGUUUAAAAACAGGAUAUAUAUAUACGACAACACACUUUGUCCGUGACGGUAGAGUCAGUGAAACACUCUGUGUUGCAUAAAUCUGAGGGAAAAUGUUUUCCGCUUUUCUGCCAGUGGAAUCUCUUAAGAAACCAAACGUGUACGUUCUGGUUACUAGAAACGAGUUCUGCAAAACAAAAAAACCUGCUGCUGCCUCGACAUUGCGUGUGUGUAUGUAGAUUUGUUAGAACAACUGUGGUUUCAGGAAAGCCACGAAGCUGUUGAGAAAUAAACCCUUUCAUCCUUCA